CAGCUCAUUACGCUCGUUUUACUAGCCGGACUCUGGCUAGAACAUAAUUGGAUGUCACCCGAGAAUCUUGUAGGCCUCAACAUGGCGAGAAAGAAGCUCCACGCGAGGCUGAUGCGGUCAAGCAAAGCCAAUUUCCGGAUCACGUUUUACAUUUACAUGGACCCAAGUCUCGCCGCUGAAAACAGCAAGCUCCUCGCCCGAGCCUUCAACGAUCCAUCCCGCGGGGGCAAGUUUCGCGAGGUCAAGACGGAAGAAGACGGGAUCUCAAGCCAGGAAACAAUAGACCUCGUCGCCAUACAAAUAUCAACCCAGAUCGCCGCCACCGCCAUCCCAGUCGCCUCAGGUCGUGCCGGAAUCCUAGCCGAGAAACGGGCGGUUCGCAAGUUUUGCACCGACACGUACCAGCUGCUCCACAACCCGGCGUUUGUCAACCGCGCCCUGGGCCUGCCCACCACGGCCCCGCUGCCGUGGACACACGUGCGCAUCUGGCGGACCGACGUCGGGCCCCAGGACCCCUGCCAUACGGACAAGUACUACCUCCCGCAGGCCUGGUGGCCGUGGAUCGCUGGCCCCCAGUCGGCGCACCCAGCCGUUGCCCCGGGCAUGGCGUGCUUUAGGGUCUUGGCUCGGGCCGCGACCUGCUGCGUCGCGUCGGGGCCGUCCCUGUCGCCGGUGGUGUUUGAGCAGCCCUGGUGCCUGGGCGCGUACGGCGUUGUGCUGACGAGGAUGAUUACGAGGUUCUCUCGUGGCGCGGAUGAGCUCUACCGCGAGAUGGACGCCGCCCUCGGUCCUGGUAGCAAGGUGCCUGGCGGCCAGGCCGCGGCGGACCUGAUCUACAGCCUGAGCCGGGAUAUGCAAAACGUCGUGGCGGUCCUGCGCAGGAAGCACUGGGACCAUUUUGGUCAGCCGUCGCGGAGCUGUCGGUUGCGCAGCAGGUACAACAUUUGGAUAGGCGGCCGGCAGCACGAUGCGAGGAGGGUUUUUGAGAGACAGCUCCUCGAAGUCCAGCAAAGCAUGACCGCCGCAACCACCACCCUGCGCACCCUGGCCAUGACGACACGCCUGUCCAGCUCACAUGGAAAGGUAUCAGCGAGCCUCGUGUCUGUAUUGGCCGCGACUCGGGUCAAGAUGAUGACGCCCGCCGAACGGCAGGCCGUGCUCGCGUUUGUCGCGCGGGCCUAUAUGCCCUCGACGGCGGCGGCGGCGCACGACUACAACAGCAGCGAUGCACAACCACACCCCUCGGAGACGAUGGUGCGAAACGCGCUGGUGCGCAGCGCGCAGCAGUGGGCGGGCGAGCACGACGAGGCGCGGCGGCACCUGCGCGGCCUGCUCGGUAUGUGGUGGGACGUCGAGGCCUGGCUGGACCCGGCAGCGGUGAACGACGACAACCGCGCCACGGUUGAGGAUGCGCUGGCGCCGCCGGCGUGGGGAGGACUGCCCGAGCGCUGCGGCGGCCUGGGGCGGCCCGGCUGGGUUUUGAGCUCUGCGGAGGCGGCGCGGUCGGUGGUCCACGUGCCGUUCCCAGGAGCAGGGGUUGCGGAGACGCGCGGCGACACCGAGUCGAACAGUGAUGGCAGCGGCACGCUAUGCGGCUCCUCGGAGGAAGCAACUCACUCGGCCAACUGGAGGGUCGUUUCGGCGGAGCACGAUGGGGUGCCGCCGAGCUGGGUGCGGCAGGCGCGCGAGAUUCGUGGGAUGCAGUGGGUGAUGAUUUGA